CCCCAACUCCUCCUUCCCCAACACAUACUUGUGCCAUCAAACACACAUCAACCACACCCUCAACUCAACCCCCCCCAACAACACAAAUCACAAAUCACCAUGCCUCGUCAACGCCGUGGUGCCGCUCCCACCCCCGCGCGCAGCGCUCCCACCAGACCUACCGCCGCCCCGGCCAGACCGGCCGCUCCUGUCCAGCAGCAGCACAGCCAGCCUCACUCGACCUCCGCGCACCCCCCGGCCGCUGCUCCGGCCGCUGCUCCUCCCACGCCCAUGGCCGCUCCCCAGAGCUCCGGCCCAGGUCUCUUCGGCCAGAUGGCCUCCACAGCAGCUGGUGUAGCCGUCGGCUCCUCGAUCGGCCACGCGAUCGGCGGCUUCUUCAGCGGUGGCGGCUCCAGCGCACCCGCCGAGUCCGCAGAGGCGGCCGCGCCCCCUGCCCAGGCUCAGCCCAUGGACAACGGCCUCUGGGCCGGCAACGCCACCAACAGCUCGUGGGAGAACCCCGCCUGCGCCACCGACGUCCAGAACUUCCGCAAGUGCAUGGAUGAGAACCAGGGUAACAUGUCUAUCUGUGGGUGGUAUUUGGAUCAGCUGAAGGCCUGCCAGGCUGCUGCUAAGCAGUACUAGAUUAUUCCCACUCAUCAGAUUCCAUCUCUGUGUUGAUGGGUUUUGACGUGGAUCUAUGCUGUGUUUAUUUUCAACGGAAAUUGAAAAGAGAAAUAAUCUAUACAAUACAUACCCCAACGUCUCCUGCGACUGGUUUCUCUGUUUCUGAGUGCUAGGGCAGGGGUGUUUUAUUUUACUAUAUGGAAUCGAAUCAAAUCCAAGCUCUCGUCUCAAUCCGAGGCAGGGUCUGUGAUGAUGGUGGUGGAUGGCUGGGAUAUGCCAUCUGCUUGUUUUUUGCAUAGCGGCGAAGGACUCCCUCGACGAACGAAUUUUAUCAUACCUACCACUACACUAUUCUUGUAUAUCUAGACCAAUGAUCAUAAAGCCAUUAGGCACAACCAAA